CCGGGCCGGGAGGUUCUCGCGUCGAUUCCGCGCCGACGGAGUCAGUUUCUACGGCAGCGCAGCGCCGAGCGGAGGAUCGAGUUUCUGAAUUUCCGAAGUAAAGUUCUUUGGGGAAAGUUUGAUAGUCCAGUCGGGCGUGCGGUUGAUUUUUUUCCGAAGUAUUUCCGAAGUAUAGUGCAGGAGAAAUGGCCAAUAACAGAGCUACGAAGAGCGGGUUCGCCGCGGAGGCGCAACGGAAGGUGAACGCUAAAUACAGCGAGGAUCUGGCCAAGGAGUGCUUGGAAUGGGUGGCUGUGAUCACUGGAGAUGACCUCAACACUGCCGGGGAUAUGGACAAUUUCUACGAGGUACUCAGAGAUGGAACUCUCCUUUGCAAAUUGGUGAAUUCGAUCAAACCCAACAUGGUGAAGAAGAUCAACCACACCACCAUGGCGUUUAAAUGCAUGGAGAACAUCAACGCCUUCUUGGAGGCGGCCAAAGAGCUGGGCGUGCCGCCGCAGGAGACCUUCCAAACGGUAGACCUUUGGGAGAGGCAGAACUUGAAUUCCGUGGUCAUUUGCCUGCAGUCGCUGGGCAGGAAGGCGGAUAAGUACGGCAAACCGCACAUAGGACCCAAGGAGGCGGAGAAAAACGAGCGGAUGUUCUCCGAAGACAAACUUCGCGCCGGUCAAACCAUCAUCGGCCUGCAAAUGGGUAGCAACAAAGGUGCCAAUCAGUCGGGGAUCAAUUUCGGGAACACAAGACACAUGUAGAGUGGUUGUUUAAAAAAAUGAUAUAUAAAAAUGUGUUUGAUGAAGUGCUAUUUGUAGAGAAAUAACAGAUAUUUCGUUUGUACUAUUACAGUAGUCUUUCUAUUUUUUUUUUGUUUAGUUAGAGUUAGAAACCGGUCUUGUACCAAUAACAUUGCGCGAGGUUCUGUUAUUUCGAAGCGACCACUUAAAUUAGAAGACUUAAGACUAUUAUUUAUGAUAUAUGAUUUGUUAAUACAUCGAAAAUAUAUUAUUACCUAGUGUACUUUUACAAGCUAUUUUUUUGAUCUAUUUUUAAAGUCAGUAUUUAAAUAUUGUUAGGAGAACUUGUUAUUUUAAAUACUUCCAUGAACAAUAUUUAAUAAAAUUAAGGACUCGAUUUACUUGUUUCAUUCCUUAUUUAUACCAUAAUUAGAUUAAUUUUGUACUUACCAAAUAUGUACACUUAUUUUCAC